AUGGCUAAGUUCACAACCAUUUUCAUCAUGGCUCUCUUUCUCUGCUCAGCGCUAACCUACGCAGCUCGGCUGACUUCGACGACAACCACCGCCUUUUCCAGAGAAGACACCGUCAAGGUGAUUGAAGGAGAUAAAGCUGAAGAAGAGAGCUGCGAAGGAAUUGGAGAAGAAGAGUGUUUGAUUAAACGAACUCUGGUUGCUCACACCGAUUACAUUUACACUCAGAAUCACAAGCACUAG